GCGGCCAUGUUGAUAAGGGAUCUCGUCGACUUCCUGUGAUUGACAGUUCGAGGCGCUUGACUGGCAUUGCAACAUUGUUGAACGCUCCUCGCUGAGGCUUAUAAACCAUGCCCACACCUCAUAAACUUCGCUCUCAAGGCCCCGCUGAGGAUAUUGACCUGGAUCAUCCUCAUGGUCGGGACACGGAAGGUAGCAUGUUCGAUAUCGAAUACCAGAUGGUCCAGUAUGGAUCCUACCAUCAUACAACUGGUAACAGACUCAUUCACCACGUCUGUGUUCCCGCCAUUUGCUGGGCAACUCUGUUAAUGCUGGCACCGUUGAAGGUCCCUGGAUACUCCGUGACCGUUCUAGCGAAAGGAUUCGCUUUCCAGCCAUCAUUUAGCCUUUUCCUCGCGACAUUCUACCAGGUUUUCUACUUCAUCCUGGAACCGACAGCAGCCGCUGCCAUGAUGGGCCUUGUCGCGCUGGAAUACCUCACAGCAACAUACUGCUACGCUUUCACUCCGUCCUGGAUCCCAUUCCAAUCGUCGUUCAACGGCAGUGCCGUACCAUUCGGCGUUUUCGUGUUCGUCGUUGGGUUCUUGAUACAGUUCGUCGGACAUGGAGUGUUUGAGAAGCGCAAGCCGAGGUUGAUGGACAAUCUCUUCCAAGCCUUCAUCGCUGCACCUUUCUUCGUCUGGCUAGAACUGCUAUUCAUCUUCUUCAAUUACCGACCCGAACUGCAAGCGAAACUGGAGAGCAAAGUCGAGACCGAGCUCAGAAAGCUGAACAGCGCAAAGAACAAGUAGAUUGUGGGGCCGACGAUAGGGGAGCGGAGCGAGGCCAUGGAACGAGGUCCAACAUAGAUGAGUUCUGCGACUGGAGCUGGACAUCGCCCAACGGGAAG